CUAGGACCUCAAGCUUACCAAAGGCAAUUUGUUUGCAGAGAGAAUUGAUAAAAAAAGGUGUUGUGAUUUGGUAGCUGGAACAAUGGGUUGUAGCAGUUUCUCAACGAUUUUAACCGUUCUGGUUCUCACAUUUUCGUCCAUGAUGAUUGACUCAAGGGUUGCAGAGGCACGCGUGGUGCCAAAAUCAGACCUUCCAUUGGUUUCCAAAGUUGGGUUACCAGUGCCACUCCCAGAUUUGCCUGUCACUCCGACCUUGCCAGUCCCAGAAUUGCCUGUCCCUGUUCCUGCUCUGGGGGUGCCAGUUCCUAAAUUGCCAGUUCCUUCUCUGCCGGUGCCAGUUUCUGCCGUGCAACUUCCUGCCUUGCCAAUUCCCAAGCUAACGGUUGAAGGCCUGAAAUUAAUCCCAUGAGCACUUACACUUCCUGAAAUCUAUCACUCACUACUACUACUGCUUUUGCUCUGCUCACUUCCAUUGUUACUCAUUCACUGUACUGUUUAUAUUUUGUUCUUUUUGUUCCGUUCCGGUUUAAAUUCUACUUUAUGUGUCAUUCAAUAAUGUAAUCUUCAGUUUAUAUGUUGUUUCAGUCAGUUUUUAUA